AUGACAUCCAAGGUAUCGGCUGUCCCUGAACCAGGCCCAUCAAUAGCUUCAGGGCACUCGAUUGAACCCACAACAGGAUCGUCAGAAGCCACGCAUCAAAAGAACGACCCCAUGUCUAGUGCGAAUGCCUCACCCGAACCAAUGCAAGCGACCAAUUCCGCCUUGGAGGGCCUUCCUGCCGAAAUACGCCGUAUUAUUCUUGAGGAACUCGAUUACCCAAGUCUUCUCACCUUGGCUCACACAUCUCCGGUCUUUUACCAGUCAUACCGCUUGCACCAGACACCAUUACUUCGCGCGUGCCUGCAGAAAGCUUUGGGCGUAACCAUCGCUGAUGCCUCGGCCGCCUAUCGAUCCAGUCCGGGAGUGUUCGCACAGGAGCGCAACAAGGAUGAAAUUACCAAGUUCCUCGCCACUGCAUGGGGCGGCCCUCCUAAUGAGCUUACGGAGAGUGAGGUUAGGGAGGUGUCGAGAUUGCAUUUCACUGUGAUGGAACCCCUAUUGGAACGCUUCAUGACUUGGUCGUUGAACCAUUUCUCGACCCUUGAGGCAACCGCUAAGCCACCGAGUAUCACGGAGCGAGGGCGCAUCAUGCGUGCCAUGUAUCGCUUCUCGACAGGCUACAACUUGUUCUACGGAUACAAUCGCUAUGAUCCUUCCCCGAUAGCCUUGGAGGAUUUCGACAUCAUUAGCCUCUUCUUAUUCCUGUUUGAGCCCUGGGAGGUUGAGCAGAUCGUCUCUGUUGAUUGCUGGGUUAGGCAAGAGCUUGAUAGCUUAGAAGAAGUCUACUCUGGUGAACAACGACGGAUUGAGCAGCCCUCCGAGCGAGACUUGAGGGCGGAAGCCCGCGAACCGCUACCGUUCGUUGGGGAUCUGGAACCGGACUCAUUCGAAUCCAAGCCUUCGCCCCCGCUGGGAUGGACUUGGGUGUGCGAGGGCGUCUAUUACAAUGGCUAUGGUGAUCGUUUGGGAAGGGAAAUGCGGCAAAUCGCGUGGGUCAUGUGGGACGAGGGGCGGUUCCGGAAACAGAUGGCAGAAUAUGGUGAUGAAAUAUAA